UUUGACCUUUAUACAUCAUGUUAUGCUUCAUUUGGAGACCAUCACGCGUUGUGUUUUCAUGAAAUAAUCCUUCGCUUUUCCUCGAGACGUGAGCUUCGGACGCCUGUGGCGGAAGACGGCAUUAGAAUUUGGAAGCCCUUUCAGCGAAUGUAACCUUCAAUUCAGAGGAAGCGGCACUAAAAACAAUGAGCAAAUCCCUCCAUCCUAUCGUCCUGUUCGCCUGGGGUUAUAUUUUGUUCGCGCGCGUGCAAUGUCGAGGCACUCUCCGGAUUCUUAAUGAGUCAAAGUUAUCGGAACAUAAGAGGCUCUGUUUCAGGAGAUGUGACAUUGGCUUUGGAGUGGAUGACAGGGGAACAUCAAGUAAAGAGACUAAACGGGGAGUUUUCGUUGAUGAGCUUGGGUCGUCACUCUUCAAGAGAAUCAGACGCUACGCCACAAGCAUGGCUGACAAUCCAAAUUCUGGUAUCAAGUAUGGUGGUGAAAAUUGUGCUCCUGGCAAUGCUGUCAACGGAACUCGUGCUAUGUUUCCUACCGAGCUAGGGAUAGUCUUCCAUGAAUCAAAGGGCAAGCGCAAGGGAAGAUAUAAAGGGAUUGUAACGUGGAAAGCUCUGCAAAAUGAGAGUGUGGAUUGGACCGGGAUAUAAGAUACUCAUUCUAUCCACGUCUGCGCCUCACCAGAUAGAAUGCGAUGUGAUUCCUAAGAAUGUCACUCACUACAGCAUAACUAAUUCAUUUAGAGAGGAUUCCAGGGUAUACGUUAUGUCGUUUUGCUCUCUCGAAUCC